AUGCCGAUCCUCCACCAAUUUGACUACCUCUUCGCCAUCGGCACCAUAUUCGCGUUCCUCGACGCGUGGAACAUUGGCGCCAAUGAUGUUGCUAACUCCUUCGCCACCUCCGUGUCUUCGCGCUCCUUGACCAUGAAGCAAGCGAUGUGCAUCGCGAGCGUCAUGGAAUUCGUGGGCUCUGUGGCCGUCGGCGCUCGUGUCGCCGAAACCAUCCGAACCAAGAUCAUCGACCCGAAGCUGUUCGAUGCGAACCCAGCCCUGCUGAUGCUCGGUAUGGUUUGCACUGUUAUUGCAUCGUCAACCUAUCUCACCUUGGCUACGAAGUUGGGUCUUCCCGUCUCCACCACUCACUCGAUCAUGGGUGGAGUUAUCGGUAUGGGCGUCGCGUCAGUCGGUGCUUCAAGGGUUUCCUGGGGCUGGAAAGGCGUCGCUCAGGUGUUCGCCGCUUGGGGCAUUGCCCCGGGUCUUGCUGGAGUUUUCGGUGCCAUCAUCUUCUUGCUCACUAAGUAUGGAGUCAUGCGACGGAGCAAUCCUGUCCGGAACGCCUUUUUCUCGAUCCCCAUCUAUUUUUUCAUCACUGGCUCGCUCAUUGCCAUGUUGAUCGUCUGGAAGGGUGCUUCCAGCAAGAUCGAACUUAGCGAUGGUGGUGUGGCCGGUGUCAUCGUCGGCGUCGGCGCUGGUAUCGCUCUCCUUGUCAUCGUCUUCCUCCUCCCAUACCUUUACCGCAAGGUCAUCAAGGGUGACUGGCAGCUUCGCCCCUGGCAUAUCCCUUUGGGCCCUCUCCUUCUCCGCCGCGGUGAGAUCCCCGCUGCUCCGGAAGGCAUGGUGGACUCCGGCAUCCAGAACUACUAUCGAGGCCACCUAACCAGAGAGGAGUUGGACGCGAAACGUACUGAAGACGCUGCCGCUGCUGGCGACGUCGAGAAGGGUACCGCUAUCACCACGACUGACAGCGCGUCAGAUGUCCCUCACGCUCAACAACACUCAUUCACAGAUCUCGAAGAGAGCGUCUCCACCCGUCCUGAAGGCCCCAUCUCCAAUCCCAAAGUCGCUUUCUGGUAUGCCAAACGGUGGUUCUUCCGUGGUGUCGAGAAAGACGUUGUGAGCAUGCAGAAGAAGCGUGACAUUCUCUCUGGCGACAUUGAAGAGGCCCACGCACGCUCUGAGCACUACGACAACCGCGCCGAGUAUCUCUACUCUUUCCUCCAGAUCCUCACUGCCACUGCCGCCUCUUUCACCCAUGGUGCCAACGACGUCUCGAACGCCAUCGGCCCCUAUGCCACCAUCUACCUCAUCUGGAGCACGGGUCAGCAGAAGAGCUCCGUCCCGGUUCCCACCUGGAUUCUGGCUUUCGGUGGUGCUGGCAUCGUCAUCGGUCUCUGGACCUACGGAUACAACAUCAUGCGCAACUUGGGUAACAGGCUGACGCUCAUGUCCCCAUCUCGUGGUUUCUCCAUGGAGUUGGGCUCCGCCGUCACCAUCAUCAUGGCCACUCGUCUCAAGCUCCCCGUUUCCACGACUCAGUGCAUCACGGGUGCCACGGUCGGUGUCGGCCUCUGCAACGGUGACUGGCGAACCAUCAACUGGCGCAUGGUUGCUUGGAUCUACGGUGGUUGGUUCAUCACGCUUCCCGUCACUGCAAUCAUCUCAGGAUGCUUGAUGGGGAUCAUCAUCAAUGCACCACGAUGGGGAUACGCGAGCCAAUAA